AUGGCAUCGUUGAAGUCGUCUCGGUCAAGAGGAGCAUCACACACGGGAGGAGCAGUGAAGGGGAGUUCAAAAGAUGCCGGCACCAAGUUCGAAGAGAAUAUAAACGUCUUCAAGUCCGAUAAUUUUGACGCCGAUACAUUCGUCCAGUCCAAGUGUCAGUCCCUCAAUGAAAAGGAAAUAAGACAAUUAUGCUCGUAUCUUAUGGAUUUGAAGAGAUCUUCUGCCGAAGAAAUGCGCAGAAGUGUCUACGCUAAUUAUACAGCUUUCAUUCGUACAUCUAAAGAGAUAUCAGAUUUGGAGGGUGAGCUUUCGUCGAUGAGAAACCUUCUAUCCACACAGGCGACCUUGGUCCAUAAUUUAACUGAGGGAGUUCAUAUUGAUUCUUUGUCUGAUACUGAUCUUGAAGGUUCUGCUGCAAAUAAAGUAUCCAAUGACGAAGUCGGAGAACCUUCAGAUGUGGAGAAAUGGUCUAGACAGUUCCCUGAUUUCCUUGAUGUUCUGUUGGCUGAAAGGAGAGUUGAUGAAGCUUUGGCCAGCCUUGAUGAAGGAGAACGCAUAGUGUCUGAAGCUAAGGAAAAGAAAACGCUGACUCCUGGCAUGCUCUUGUCUCUGCAAUCUUCUAUAAUUGAACGCAGGCAAAAGUUAGCAGAUCAGCUGGCUGAAGCUGCUUGUCAACCUUCUACACGUGGUGCUGAGCUUCGUGCAGCAAUUUUAGCUCUCAAAAAACUCGGGGAUGGUCCUCGUGCUCACACUUUACUCCUCAAUGCGCACUACCAGAGAUACCAAUACAACAUGCAAAGCCUUCAUCCAUCAAGCACCUCUUAUGGAGGAGCAUAUACAGCAGCCCUGUCACAGCUUGUAUUCUCUGCCAUUGCUCAAGCAGUCAGUGAUUCCUUGGUUAUUUUUGGUAAAGAAACAGCUUAUACAUCUGAGAUAGUGAUGUGGGCUUCAAAGCAAACUGAGGCCUUUGCACAUCUUGUCAAACGACAUGCAUUAGCUUCAUCUGCUGCUGCUGGGGGUUUAAGAUCUGCUGCAGAAUGUGUUCAAAUAGCUUUAGGACACUGUUCACUGUUGGAAGCUCGUGGCCUUGCUCUUUGUCCUGUGCUUGUGAAACUCUUUAGACCUAGUGUUGAGCAAGCGCUGGAUGCUAAUUUGAAGCGAAUUGAAGAGAGCACAGCUGCUUUAGCUGCUGCUGAUGAUUGGGAUCUCACAUAUCCUCCAACUGCUUCACACCAAUCUGGCAGGACUCCUGCAGCUCUGGGUGGUAUGAUGGCACAUCAGCACAAACUUUCCAGUAGUGCUCAUCGUUUCAAUGUGAUGGUCCAGGAUUUUUUUGAAGAUGUGGGACCCCUUUUAAGCAUGCAGUUGGGAAGUAAAACGUUGGAUGGUCUGUUCCAGGUGUUCAACUCAUAUGUGAAUAUGCUCAUAAGAGCAUUACCCAGCUCCAUUGAAGAUGAGGCCAACUUCCAAGGUUCAGGGAAUAAAAUUGUUCGAAUGGCUGAAACUGAAGCCCAGCAAAUUGCAUUGCUUGCAAAUGCAUCCUUACUAGCCGAUGAGCUAUUGCCACGUGCAGCCAUGAAGCUCUCUCCAUUAAAUCAAGCUACGUACAAGGAUGAUCCUCGUAGAGGACUAUCUGAGCGGCAAAAUCGUAAUCCUGAGCAAAGAGAAUGGAAGAAGCGUCUUGUAAACUCUGUUGAUAGAUUGAAAGAUAGUUUUUGUCAACACCAUGCUCUAGAUCUUAUUUUUACUGAAGAAGGAGAUAGCCAUCUUACUGCAGACAUUUACAUAAACAUGGAUGGGAAUGCGGAUGAGAUAGAGUGGUUUCCUUCUCCAAUAUUCCAGGAACUUUAUGCAAAGCUGAACAGGAUGGCUGCCAUGGCAGCAGAUAUGUUUGUAGGCCGGGAAAGAUUUGCAACGUUGUUAUUGAUGAGGCUCACAGAGACGGUUAUCUUAUGGCUUUCAGAAGACCAGACGUUUUGGGAUGAUAUUGAGGAAGGACCUAGGCCUUUAGGCCCUCUAGGUCUUCAACAGAUCUACUUGGAUAUGAACUUUCUGAUAUGCUUUGCAUCACAAGGACGCUACUUGUCUAGAAAUUUGCGUCGGGCUGUCAAUGAUAUUAUUUCCAAAGCACUGGCCGCAUUUUCUGCAACAGGCACAGAUCCGUAUAGUGUACUUCCGGAAGAUGAGUGGUUUACUGACAUUUGCCAAGAUGCAAUGGAAAGAUUGAGUGGAAAACCCAAAGCUGCUAAUGGGGAACUCAGCAGCCCAACUGCUUCUGUUUCAGCUCAGUCAAUUUCAUCCGCGACAAACUUGCAUUCUCGUUCUAUAGUUGAUUUGUUUCCAAGGUUGGAAAUUCUUAGUUAA